UGUCUAUGGUCGUCUGCUAGGUGCUAGGGCGACGCGUCAGUUGCUUUGACGAAAAAAGACCUUCAGAUCAUAUUCUCAAGGACGUUUUGUUUAUCGUUGAGGUAAGGACUAAGGCGAACAAAUCUUUCACUGGACACUGAAAUCGGUUACAAGAUUAAAGCCUUCUUUCAUAAAAACACGAUUGAUAAAAGACUGCAAUCAGCAUGGCUACUGCAUCAAGCCCCCCGAAGAGCAUGGAAAACGGCCCUGCCAACAGAGAGUUCAAACCUCUAGUUCUGGACCUGAAUGCUACUGCAUCACAUGCCAAUUCCUCAGAGAAGAGCCCCACUAAGAUAGCCCCCUUCUCUCCGACGCGCCACAUCCAGCCCUUCCCCAAGCACAAGCCAAGCAACAUGGACAAGACCUACGAGGAGCUGGCCAAGAAGGUCUUCCGCAACAGCCGCUAUGACGAGUCUCGCUGCCCUAACUAUGAGUUCCCCGAUGAGAUCCCCAUUGAGAGUGAACAGGAGAAGAAGAAGGGAGUGGAGAAGCAGAUUAGUUAUGCCAGUGCUAAAAAGCACCAUCACCACGGCGAUAAAUUAGCUCAUUUGAACCAUCUCCAUGACAACACCGCUUUGAGAACCAACGAAGCUAGCGAGACUAGGUCCCGGACCAUGGAUUACGAUUCCUGUCCACUGCCGCAGGAGGACGAAGCCUCCCUUACAGACUCGCUGAAAAACGACUUAGACAGUGGAGAUGAUGCAUCAGCUGUCUUUGAUCUGGAAUUCCAACGAGUGUCCAUCAGUGGAGACGACAAAAGUGGGGUGCCACCCCAGGACCUCUACGAUGCCUCUAGGUCCCUGAUUGAUGCCCUUGUGGUCCGGGAGAAGUACAUGAAGAUGGCAUUGCAGUCCUUCCCACGCAAGGCCGCGUCAUACUUGCGUAAGAUUGACGGAAAGCCCAUGGACAACGGGGACUCCAUCAGCCCAGUGCAUGAUGCGCAGAGUGCAUCCACAGCAGAGGCUGAUGAAAAGGCUGGAAGUGCAUCCACUGCAGAGGCUGAUGAUGAGGGAGAUGACAACCACCCUAUCCAUCCGCCAACCAUGGUGGGUGACCCUUUUGCCUGCGAGCUGCCAGAUCCCAUCCAGUGCGAGUUUCAAAUGAAGGGUGGCAUCAUACAAGUCUACGAGAAUCAAGAAGACGUGGAGAAGAGCAAGCCGAUUGACCUGCCUUAUGUGGACAAGACAACGUUCCUGGCUGACUCCAACAAGCUGAUGGCACUCAUUGCAAAUGGCCCGAUAAAAUCGUUUUCGUACCGGCGGCUGUCAUACCUAUCCUCCCGGUUCCACCUGCACAGUCUGCUGAAUGAGAUGAAGGAAUUGGCUGCUCAGAAAUCUGUGCCUCACCGAGACUUCUACAACAUCCGAAAGGUGGAUACCCACAUCCACUGCUCAUCUGGAAUGAACCAAAAGCAUCUUCUCCGCUUCAUCAAGAAAAAGAUGAAAACCGAAGUAGACAGGCCUGUCUGCAAGAAUAAAGACGGUUCCACACUGACACUAAAACAGGUGUUUGAUAGCCUGAACUUGACAGCCUAUGACAUUAAUGUCGACACCCUGGAUGUACAUGCUGAUCGUAACACCUUUCAUCGCUUUGACAAGUUCAACUCCAAGUACAACCCCAUCGGGGAGAGUAAAGUCCGGGAGAUCUUCAUGAAGACUGACAAUCACAUCGAAGGUCUCUUCUUUGCACAGCUCGUCAAGGAGAUGUGUAACGAUUUGGAGGAGAGCAAGUAUCAGAAUGCCGAGUAUCGGUUAUCCAUCUACGGACGCAGUAAAUCAGAAUGGGACAAGCUUGCUAAAUGGGCUGUCGACAACCAGGUCUACUCAGACAACGUCAGAUGGCUGAUACAGAUUCCCAGGCUAUAUGAUAUCUACAAAUCCAACAAGAUGGUGGCCAACUUUGCUGAGAUUCUGGACAACAUCUUCAUGCCGCUGUUUGAGGCAACGAGGGACCCAAACUCGCACCCGGAGAUGCACAAGUUCCUCCAAUAUGUGUCUGGCUUCGACAGUGUGGAUGAUGAAUCCAAACCAGAGGAUCUGAUCUUCACCAGGGACAGUCCUGACCCUGAACAGUGGACGUCUCCCGACAAUCCCCCCUAUGCCUACUGGCUGUACUACAUGUAUGUCAAUCUGGUGGUGCUCAACCAUUUCAGAAGGGAACGUGGGUUUAACACCUUUGUCUUGAGACCUCACUGUGGAGAGGCAGGCCCUGUUCAUCAUCUUGUCACUGCCUUCAUGUUGGCCGAGAACAUCUCCCAUGGAUUGCUAUUAAGAAAGACACCAGUAUUACAGUACCUGUACUAUCUCUCCCAAAUCGGCAUCGCAAUGUCUCCGCUGUCCAAUAACUCCUUAUUCUUGAACUACCAUCGCAAUCCUCUACCAGAGUUCCAUGCUAGGGGACUGUGUGUGUCGCUGUCCACCGAUGACCCAAUGCAGUUCCACUUCACCAAGGAGCCGUUGAUGGAGGAGUACAGCAUUGCUGCCCAGGUCUGGAAGCUGACAACUUGCGACAUGAGUGAGCUUGCAAGAAACAGUGUCGUCAUGAGUGGCUUUCCAGAAGAGUUCAAGGACCAUUGGCUGGGGCCCAACUGGCGCAAGGAAGGCCCUCCAGGCAACGACAUCACCCGCACCAACAUUCCAGACAUUCGCGUCGCCUUCAGGGACGAGACGCUCACCGAAGAGUUGACCACCAUCUGCCGAUCUGUGAAGGAGAUGGCACAUCGGAAGAGCGUCAUCACUGCACCCAAGUUCUGAAAUGGGACCAAGUUGGAAGUUUGAGUUCGGAGAGUGGCAUAAAUCUGUGUUGGCGAGUGGUGGGAUGGGGGAUUACCAUAAUGGUAAAAUCCUAAAAUUGCCUGGUUUUAGGUGCUACGGUGACGAAAGGGCUUAGCUUAAUGGACAAACAGAUCUGUAAAGCUUGAAACACGGAGAAGCGC